AUGACCCCAAUUCCUACCGACUGGGCAUUGCACACCACAUGCAUUGCUGCUGACUUCGUUCACCGGCUCUUCGCUUGCCAUGUCGGCGAUCGGCAACCGUUGGCAUCGCCUCCAUUGGCACUGGAUGUGCCGACCAUGCUCGCUUGUCGGCAGUUAGCCCGAGUGCUCGCCGAUGCUUCCCAACAAUUGUUGGAGAAGCCCUCGGUGCUCAUGGAUUCCGGGGGCCGCAUCAUCUUAUGGUACCUUCCGGACGCCAUUAGCCCGUGGAUUCAAGCCGAGAUGGAAGCAGCCACGGUCGGGAUGGGCUACCUCCUGAAAACAAGCAUCACCAGUGGACAAGAGUCCAACUGGAGAACAUUCUCCGGUCAUUUUCACAUGAGCGAUUGCCGCCUGCUAACCCCAGGAUGCAUCAACAUAGCCCCUUGCUGGUUCCAGCAAGGCCGAGAGCCUUAUGGAUUCCCCCCCGCCGGUGGCUUCACCCCGGAGCGAUCGGCACUCCUGGCCUUGGCGGCUCUUCGGAUGAAACUCGCUCGAUGGGCUAUGGAAAAUGAGCUUGAUGGCAUGUAUGCUCGUCUGCAACUUUGGGCCUCGGUGUUCAACUGCGCAGCCGUCAUGUGUAACAGGCAAUGCCCUCUUCACCGAGAUCCGAGAUCUACUCCAGAAGGGUUCGACGUCAUGACCAGUGUCGGCCAUUAUUGCGAUGGCCUCAUGACGCUGUCCAAUCUCGGCAUUCAGUUGCGAUAUAACUCCGGUGCCAUGGUCGGCUGCUCCGGACACAUUGUCAGGCAUGGCGUCACAUUCAGGGGUGAUCGGUUCGUGUGGGCAUGGUUCAUGCGCGAUAGCCUUCACAAUUUUGUGGGGACACCUCGGUCAGAGUAUGCGAAAUACAAGGAUGUAGAUUGGGAUGUCUCGGUUUCAGCUUAG